UCUAAAAGCAAACACUUCUCUCUCUCUCAAAGCAAACACUUCUCUCUCUCUCAAAGCAAACACUUCUCUCUCUCUCUCUCUCUCUCUCUCUCUCUCUCUCUCGGCCCUAACGUAGAAAUGGAAGAAGCAGGCGUAUCUUUCUCCCCAAGUUUCAACUUCUACUCUUCCAAUGGAUUUGCCGAAAAACCCACCGAAGUGCCCGACGGGAUGAAUCCGUCGGAAACCUGGACCGACGUCGAUGAUGAUUUCGAAUUCGCUUGGUUAAGUAGCGAUUAUGAUGUCACCGCCGACGAGAUCUUCAGAGAGGGACAAAUUCGUCAGAUUUUCCCCAUUUUCAACCGCGAUCUCCUAACGCGUAACGAUAUUCGGGACCAAACCGAUGGUGUAAAGCCGACCGAAUUGACUCUGAGACUUCUGUUGGAGAAAUCGGUCGUUGAUGAUGAAUUAGACAGUGUACCGGCGGGAACGUACUGUGUAUGGAGGCCAAAAGUAGUCGAAAAAUCGCCGAGUAGAUGCAAGAAGAGCAAUUCGACAGGAACGACGGCAUCAAAGCAGUGGAAGCUUCGCGAUUUGUUGCACCGUCGGAGCAACAGCGAAGGCGGCAAGGAGGACUCGUUCGUGUUCCUCACCCCGAAGCACGGAGAGCAGAAGGCCGAGAUACAGGGGACGGUCGAGGCUCAGAAGAAGGCGGAAAAAGUGAAGGCGAAGACAGUGUCGGCUCACGAAGCGUUUUACGUACGGAAUCGAGCGUGGAAGCAGGGAGAGAAGAGGAAGUCGUAUCUUCCGUACAGGCGAGACCUCGUAGGGUUCGGGUUCUUCGCUAACGUCAACGCGUAUGGGAAGGCCUUCCCUCCUUUCUGAAAAGAACCCUACGAGGUCUUGCCCUCUACGGAAGAUCAAAUUUUUUUCACACUCUGUUUCUUUCUUUGGCUACGGAGUCUAUUUGUGCAUAAUCUCAUGAACGCAGUUUUGCACUUUUGCUCCAUUUGGUUUAAUCCUUCGAUCUUCUACUCAGCAGGGCUAGUGUUGCUUCUUAGGAUAUGUAGAUAAGGCUAGCAACACUAAAGCACAACAUGUAAUCUCAUUUGACAUCUAUUAUAGAGUUUCAAAGACUGUACGUAUGCUUUUGAUCA